UUAUUAAGAGAAGAGGACCAAAACACACAUCUGUCUACAUCUGUACACGCCACCAGAUUAGCUUCAUUGAAGCAACAUUAGGGCACCUGACUCAUUAAAAAUAUUAUUGACAAUACCACAAUUGGCAAAAAUAUUAGUGGAAAUUCCAUUUCAACUUCCCCGGUGACGAGAUGUUGCUUUGCCACCAAUCGUAACAAACACGCACUUUCGGUUUCGGUUUCUCUGCACUCUGUGCGGACCGUCAUGUGGAAGAAUGAAUGGACACAUUUUCGACAGCACCUUAGGGCCACAUAUAAUCGAAAAAGCCCCUUGGAGCCUCCUCCUGUUCCAACCCAACCUCCCCCGCAACCUCCUCCUCCUCUUUCUCCUCCUUCCUUCGCUGUGUGUCACCUGCGCUCCCUCCCUUUCUCUCACACACUCUCUCUGAGGCGGACUCGACUCAACACACUCCCAGAUAGGGACUCUUCAGACACGUUUCGGACUUCCCACUGCUGCCUCCCCAACCUUGGCGACGCCUCCACUGGCCGUUAUCCCCCUUACAACUCAUUGACGGCGGCUCCACUGCUCCUCCGUAGACGCUCCUUAGACCCUCCGAGCUACUUUACUAGGAUGACUCCGGCUCUUUUCCUGUUGCUGGCUCUCAUGAGCGCCGGGACGCUCGUUCAAGUGCAUGCCACAGGCAGAGUGACGGCUCUGUACGGAGAUAUCAUCGUUAUACCGUGCAAUGACGGAGCUUCAGUACCAGAAGAUUUGAUGUUUAUCAAGUGGAAAUAUGAGAAAGAUGACGGCACUCCUGGGGAUCUGUUGAUCAAACAGGUCCGCGUUGACCAGCCCACAAUUCAGGCCACUGACGAUUACGCCGGACGGAUCAGCACCGACGAGAAGUCCAACCUGCUCAUCUCCCUGGCCUCUCUGGAAGACCAGAGGACCUUCACCUGUAUGGUGGUGUCUGACACCAAUCUGCAGGAGUUUCCUGUGACUGUGGUGGUUUACAAGAAGCCAUCAUCAGUACAGAUUCUUGACAAGGCUGAAGCGUUGCAGAAAGACAAGCCGACCAUGGUGGGAACAUGUUUGGCCACAGAUUCAAACCCUGCAGCUGCACUCACAUGGAAAAAAAAUGGUCAUCCCCUGGUCGCUGAUGGGAAAGCUGUUGUGAUCACCUCCAGCAUUAAGCUGGAUCCAGCCACGGGUCUGUCCACCGCCUCCUCCAUGCUGCAGUAUGUUGCCACCAAGGAUGACGCCGGAGCGGUGUUUUCCUGUCAUUCCCAGCAUGAGCUAAAGAACGAGACGACGACGCUCGAACCCAUCCCCAUUCACUACCCGUCAGAGAAGGUUAGUCUUCAGAUUAUGCCCAGGAGGCCCAUCGUGGAAGGAGAUAACGUGACGUUGAAAUGCCAAGCUGAUGGAAACCCUCCACCCAGCUCCUUCUACUUUCAUAUUAAGGGGCAGAAAAUACUCGUGGAAAAUACGGACACCUACACUCUGGCAUACAUCAAAAGAGACGCAGCGGGUGAAUACAAAUGCUCUCUGACCAACAACGAGAAACUGGAGGCCUCUGAAACCAUUGCUGUUGGCUACCUGGACCUGAGUCUGAGUCCCACUGGGAAGGUGGUGAAGAAAGUUGGUGACACCUUAACUGUGAAGAUGGAAAAAAGCACUUCUGGUGAUGCCAAAGUGUCAUGGACAAAGAACGGGAAGUCAGUGAAGGAGCCAAAGUUCAGCAAGUUGACCUUCGCAGAUGCCGGACUCUACCUCUGUGAGGUUACCAUGGUGGACAUCGCACGACGUCAGAGCUUUGAGCUCGUCGUAGAAGGAAAGCCUGUGAUCACCAGUCUGACCAAACGCCGUGCUGAUGAUGCCAAGCACGAGGUUCUGACCUGUGAGGCUGAAGGAGUUCCAGAGCCCAGCUUCCAGUGGAGCGUUAACAGCACGCAUGAGCGGAGCUCCUACGUCAACGGCAAGGCCACACAUAUAAUCACCGUGGUGCCAAAAGUGAACCUGACUGUGAGCUGCAGUGUCAGCAACAGGCUGGGUGAUGAUGUCAUGACCAUCAACGUUUCCUCUGUUUUUAUGGAGGAGAAAGAAGAGAAAGGCUCUCUGGAGGACUCAGACGACCAGGCCAAGCUCAUAGUGGGUGUCGUGGCAGGGCUCCUGAUCGCUGCAGCAGUGGUGGGACUCAUCUACUGGCUCUACAUGAAGAAUUCAAGACAAGGCAGCUGGAAGACUGGGGAGAAGGAGGUGGGCACAUCUGAGGAGAGCAAGAAACUAGAGGAGAACAAUCACACCGUUUAAAGUUUAUCCGGGCUGCACUAUGUGGGACCAAAGAGGAGCUGCCGAGAGCCGUCUGGCGACAUCAAACUUCCGUCGUUGGCGGCCGACGUGCUUCACCCGGCUCCACAUGCGCAGCAACAGUCCGAGUGGUUUCCCACCACAUCCUGCUCAGAGCCUGCUGUCCCAUCUCGCUGUUCGACGUCCAUGUUGAAGCUGCCUCGUGUUACUGUGUUCUUCUGUUCCUCCGUGUUCCUGGUGAAUGCUCCCUCUCUUCUGUUUGAGCGUUUCUGUCAGGCGGUGUGUGGUGGGCUUUGUUUUCUUUUUGUUUUUUGCCACUUAAUUUGACAGCUUUUUUCCCCACUCUUUCUGUUGUGUUUUCUUCCUCUUCAAAGAAUGUAAAUUCCCUGUACACUUUUUAAGGCCUGUAUAACGAUAAAACAUGAAAUACAUAUGUGUGUGCCCUGGCUGAGCAUGCCAAUGUUUAUUUUUAGUUUCUUCUCCUUUCUUUGGGAUUCUUUUUCUUCCGUUUGCGCUGUGUGUGGAAAAGCCUGUGGCUGUGCUGAGAAAAGACACUUCACUGCUGUUCAGGACAUCCCUGUGAAACGGUCCAUAAACUUUUCAGAAAAUAAACCUCAGCAUCUCUCCGCCUCCUGACCAUCGUCCACCGAGUUGGAAACACUGGAAUCUUUGUAUUUAAGUCCACACUUUAUGUCACCGUCAUCAAGUAUUUCCACGUUCACGCGUAACUACAACCAUAGAAUACAGAGCGAAGGAUUAGUGUAGACGUUGAGUGGACGUCAGCCGGUGGAGCAGUGUGUCACACCCAGCCACACAUAAUGUUUUUGUAAGCGGCGGUAAUUUUCUCGUCUUCAGCUCUUUUCACUUUCUCUUAGUCUCCAGAGAGACUUUCUAAUUCCCCCCCUUGUUGUGAAGAAUUUUCUUUGUAAUGGCUAAAAGGAACAAAAAGGCAAUAAGUCAUCAGAAAAGUGCAACUUUGGAGAAAUGUUAAAGUUGUGUUUUUUGGCCGCUUGUGUUCUCCUGUGGUUCUGUUGUCUCUGCCUGUGUGACCUACGCUCACUAUACCUUCAUGUCCAGGCUGACACUACAAGUUUUUACUGUUUUUAUUUCUCACAUUCUUAAAGAGCUUUACCGAGGUCUGAAUGUUUUGGGUUUUUUUGUUUUUGUUUUUUUGUGUUCACGGUGUAUUUAUAUUCUGCAUGUAACCUACCUGGAUGGUUCUGCACAAAGAUGUGUUUGUGUUUUUAAUUUUAAUUUUUUUUUUUUUUGGAAGUGGUGCCUGGCUGCUGCGUCGUACAUAGGAGAGUGAUUUAAGCGUGACUUAGCACGAUGAGCGACUUGGCUCACUGUCUGCUGUAAUGUUGUCAUAAUACUUUUUUUGUUUGUCUGUUUGUUUGGUUUUCGUGGCUCAGUGGUUUGAAGGAUAGCUCAAAUUGAAGACGGUAGUUGCAACAGAGGUGCUUAAAGAUGACAGCUCCCUGAGUUCACGUGGUUCCGCCACGGUCCGUGAUGCAGCAUCACAACAUGCAGGUGACCAAAGAAACAGUUGACAAGAUCAACUCAGAGGAAUCUUAGCAAACUUAAUUCAUGUUAAUAGUCUGUUCAGUUAACUUCAUUUAAAUGCACUUGAUGCAUAUUGAUGCAAAUUAUUCAUCAUCUUUAAUUCAUUUAAUCACUUAAAAAUAAAAAAAAUAACCAUCUGGCUCCAGCCCUCUUUGGUUAACAAAGUUAGCAGAGACACAACACCGAUCUGAUGGUCAAGCUCCAAACUGAAACGAAAAGGUGACGUUCCAUUCGCUCUAUUUUUAGAGUACUUGGCAGAACUGGCGGCUAAUGUAGCAAAGCUCACAGCUCAGCAUCGUGGUGAGGGGCUGCCAUUUUUAAGCACCUGUUCAAUGGUUUGUAGUUUUGUUUUGUUUUUGUUUUUUUGUCUUCAUGCCUUUUGUUUGUUGUUAAAUGAUCAGGUCAGCAGUGAAACCAAAGAGGGUAAAGAUGAGAAGGCCAUAGCAGUGUUGUAAAUACACACUUUUGUUUUUUGUACUGUUGUUGACAAUAAAGUGUACAUUUUGAAAAAAAUAA